AACCAAAGCUCAUUCAUAUUCAUAUGCAUAUUCACACACACACACAGAUACACACAUAACAUAUAAUACAUAUACAUGCAUGUAGUAUGGUUUUGGUUUUUUAGCCUUGGAGUCUGAGCUUGGGAUGCAUUUGAGACGUUGAGAGCUCCUCAUCAUUCCCACCCUGCCUUGGUUUUUGUGGUCUCUAUCUCUCUUCUCUUCACUCUUAUGGAUAUGAGUAGCUGGUUGGGAUUCUCUCUUUCACCUCUCAGAGCUGCCUCCUCUAAGGAACACACUUCCUGUUAUGGAGAAGAAGAAGAAGCUGCUGCAGCUCAUGCUCAUGCUCAUGCUGCAGCUCAAGUUCCUUUUGGUGCCAUGCCUCUCCGUUCUGAUGGUUCUGUUUGUCUACUUGAACCUCCUUUCAGGACUCCUUGUCAUGAAUGGAGAUAUGGUGCAACAAGCUCUGGAAACCAGGUGGAAAACAAAGGACCAAAGCUGGAAGACUUCUUGGGUCAUGGCUACACUGAGAACAGCAAUGAAAUCUAUUACCAUAACUCAAAUAGUUACAGAAUCAAUGUCAACAUGCCACCUUCUUUCAGUCCUGCAGAAACUGAAGCUAGAGAAGACACUCAAACUCCAUACCAUGUUAUCCACUCCAACUUCCAUCACCGUCCCAAUAUUCUCUUAUCAAACACCAACCCAAACACUCAUCCAAAUCCACUCUACAACCUUGGGUUUGAUGGUGGUGCAACUUCUCUGUCUGGGUUCAAGUGUUGGCUCAGGCAACAUCAUUACACGCCGGAGAAGACCGCCGGAGAGUCACCUGAAUGCAACGUUCAAUCACUUAGCCUCUCUGUCAACCACGGUGCUCUGCCUGGGUCUAAUGAUCAAGCUAUUAUCACAUCAUCGUCAUCAUCAUCAUCAUCUUUACUGGUUGAUGGCCGGAAACGUUCUAUGGCUAAGUCCACAAGCAGAGAACCAGCUGCCCGGAAAUCCAUUGAAACUUUUGGUCAGAGAACAUCACAGUAUAGAGGAGUCACUAGGCAUAGAUGGACAGGGAGAUAUGAAGCACACUUGUGGGAUAACAGUUGUAGAAAAGAAGGUCAAACCAGGAAAGGAAGACAGGUAUACUUAGGUGGGUAUGAUAAGGAGGAGAAGGCUGCAAGAGCAUAUGACUUAGCUGCACUGAAGUACUGGGGACCAACAACAAACAUAAACUUUCCACUAAGCACAUAUGAGAAGGAGUUGGAGGAGAUGAAGCACAUGACAAGGCAGGAGUUUGUUGCAAACCUGAGGAGGAAAAGCAGUGGUUUCUCAAGAGGUGCAUCUAUGUACAGAGGAGUGACUAGGCAUCAUCAACAUGGAAGAUGGCAAGCAAGAAUUGGCAGGGUGGCUGGCAAUAAGGACUUGUAUCUUGGCACAUUCAGCACUCAAGAAGAAGCUGCAGAAGCAUAUGACAUUGCUGCAAUAAAAUUCAGAGGACUUAGUGCAGUGACAAACUUUGACAUUAGCAAGUAUGAUGUUAAGCGCAUUUGUUCCAGCACACACCUUAUUGGUAGUGAUCUCGCCAAGCGAUCUCCAAAGGAUGCUGAAUUGCAGCCAACUGAACCACCCUCCAGAGCAUCAGGAAUCACAAACUCAAACACUGAUAUAAAUGAUUUUUCAGACAUGCAAAUGAUCUAUCACAACAAGGUUGAACCUCAACUGAGUCAAUUGCAGCCUGAUAUAACACCCUCAAUAGUGAACACAACCAAGCAUGAAAGCCCAAGAAACAGUGACUAUGGAGAUUACUCUCCUGGACUUUAUUAUGGAAAUGGUGGCAUGAAUUGGAUGGUACCAGUGCCAGCAAGUGCCCGGCCUCCUCCGGCCGGGUUUCCGGUUGUUCAUCAGCUACCUAUGUUUGCACCCUGGACUGACUGAUCUUUGUUCUUAUGCCAUUCACAUGUUCAUCUUGUUAUCUUUGUUUGGAUAACAAAUUUUGCAGCAACAUGUGUGUUGGUUUUAGAAAGUAAUUGUUAUCACAGUGUAUUAUCCAAUGUUCAAUAGCAGACCAUGCACUUUUUCUUAAUCUGCAUUUUUUCAUCACAAGAAGAGAAAUGCCAAAAAGAGUUUGCAGAGUGAUUGCAAUGGAGCAGAGCAGCAGUUCCAAGGCCAUUCUCUCUCCCUGCGGUUAUAUGUACGCGUGCAUGCAUAUC